CAACAACAGCAGCGUCGGCGGCUAAUCGCGACGCUUUGCUCUCUUUCUUGCUGUCCAAGGCGUGGUUUUUAAUCUUACAAAUUCUCAAAAGCCGCCGAUGGAUCAAAACCCUAAUACCUCAAAUUCCAGCCCCAUGGGCUCUCUAUUCUCUUCCCCAGAUCCCGAAACCCUAGGUUCGAAUCCCGAUCCGUCUCCACCGCCACCAGCCUCGCCGGAGAUCGGAGAACCCCCUUCAUCCGACGCCGGAUCGGGUAAAUCCGAGAAAUCCACCGAGGAUCCGAAACAAGAAGUUGAAGGGGAAGGAGAAGUUCAGGAGGGAGAAGAAGAGGAGGAGGCGGAGUGUGGAUUCUGUUUGUUCAUGAAAGCGGGAGGAUGCAAGGAUGCGUUCGUCGCUUGGGAGAAGUGCGUCGAGGACGCCGAGAAGGACGGAGGCGAUAUCGCGGAGAAAUGCUUCGAGGUGACGUCGAAGCUGAAGCAGUGCAUGGAUGCUCAUGCCGAUUACUAUGAGCCCAUUUUGAGUGCGGAGAAGGCGAUGGCGAAUGAGGUUGAGAAGGAGAAAGGCGAGGCGGAGUCGAGGAAGGAGGAGGAGGCGAAGGAGGAGGCGGAGAGCGAGGAGAGGACGGUGGAGAUUGUUGUUGACGAGUCGCGGAGUUAGGGUCUAACGCCGGAAGAAGGUAACUUUAUGAGAGAUCUUGAGGUUUUCUCUUACUUUUUGAUUAUGGGAAUAACUUGAAGGAUGAGUAGGGGAAGUGAAUUCAUCUGUUAUACACUGAAAAUUUUGAUAAUUAUUACACAGGCAAAUUUGAUCGGAUUCAUGAGUAUUAUAGCUAUUGGAUCGUAUUGUUUUUAUUA